AUGCUCCGGUCCUUCUUACUCAUUGUCGCUACCGUGAGCCUAUUCGGACAGUGUAAGCCUCUCCCGUUAGCAACUUCUCCUGUCAGCGACGCGGUUCGUGCUCCCCACAGAAGCACUCAUGAAACCAGAUUCCUGAGGACAAACGACGAAGAGAGGGGGGCAACAAUGACUUUAGCUGGAGUUUUGCGUGAUAAGGCACAAACGAAGCAGUUACUGACCUCUUGGCUCAACAGUGGAAAAAGCGUGCCAUCCGUUUCUAACAAGCUGGGGCUGAAGAGAAUGUCGCUCGAACAAGCGAUUCAUCACGAAAACUGGAAGGCUCUCACUACGUUCCAGCGUAUGAAAUCUAAAAAAGCCAAAGCGUAUGCGAAAUAUGGAACAGGCUACCAGACGGAGGCGAAGACAAAGGAAAAUCUAUUGCAGUGGGUCAUGCGCGGAGACUCGCCCAAGGAGGUGUCCUCGACACUUGGAUUGUUGGGCUUGAGCAGGAGGAAGAUCAUUGAUCAUCAGAACUACGAAGCUUUCAGGACCUUCCUGAAGUAUCGAAAGCAGUGGGCUGAGAUGCAAGGAAACGGUUUUACGAAGCUUACCACAUGA